AUGAACUACGUUGGACUAAAUAUUGGCAAAAGACUGCUCAGCUCUAUUACAAAAUUUGAUACGAAGAAGUUCGUGCAAUCACUUCAAACAAAGGGCAAGUUCACCGAGGAGCAAGCCGAAGCUGCUGUCAACAUUGUCAAUAAAGCUGUCAACGAUGGUAUCUCCUCGAUAGCUAAAAACUUGGUCACAAAAGAGACCCUUAACUCGAUUGCUUAUCAGCAAAAAGUUGACUUCGCGAAGCUCAAAGGAGAGCUUCAAACCAUGGACAAGUCCGAGUUCACCAACCUUAAGAAGGAGCAAGAACAGUUGCGCACAAACUUGACCAACUUGCAAAAUAGGCUCAAGGAAGAGAUUACGAAGAACUCUGCUGGAGUUAGACUCGAUCUUAAUUUGGAGAAGGGCAGAAUCCGUGAAGAGAGUUCACUUCACGAAUCCAAGAUUGAGGAUACUUACACGAGAAUCGACGAGGAAAUCGCCAACAUGCAGAUGCAAAUCAAGUCUGUCAAGACCCAGGUUAUGCAAUGGUUGAUCGGUGUCAGUUCAGGUACCGCUGCUUUGAUGUUGGCCUUUGUUCGCUUCUUUGGCUAG